AUGAGUUCCUUCACUACUACCAAUGCUGCUCUCCCUGAAGACUUUGCCCCUUCUGCCCAUGAUGUUGUGAUUGGCAAGGGCAAGAAGUUCUACUUCCAUGCUGGCAACCAAUGGCUUCGAGAUGUUGUUGCUGAGCGUAUUGCUGAAUAUUCCCAGGCAACUACCAAGGCCGACAAGUCCAACAUCAUCUCCAAGGUGGUUGAAUACAUCUCUCAAAAUGGCCGCUUUGUCAAGAUUGAUACACACACUGGCCAGUGGGUUUAUGCCGAGCCUCUCUUGUGCCGAGAAAAGUGCUCUCAGACAUUCCGGGACAACUUGGCUCAGACUUACCGUUCCUCCAACGUGGCCAAGAGAAACAAGCGUCGUCAAGAACAGCAGGAAAAGUCCAACUACAUGUCUGUUUUCUUCAACAAGGCUGUCACCAUCCCAGUGCCAUCUUCCAAGAGAAUGCGAAUGACAGUCACCCCUGAACCAGAGACACAAGCUCCUGCUGCCUGGUUUGACUGGGAAGUUCCCAUUCGCAACUUGGAGGAAGAAACAACCAUUCCCGCUCCAGUUUCCAGCUGCAGCCGCCGCAUGUCUUUCUCCUUCCAAGACUUUGAGGAUCUCAUCAACCUCAUUCCUGAAUCAUACGCGGAUGAUGCCUUUGAGCCCUUCCAGCUCGACUUGUCCACUUCUGAUAAGGCAUCUGCAAGACCAAUGAAAGACUUCUCCGCAUCCUCCACCAUGGGAUUGGAGCGCUCUUUCCAAAGACGUACCGCCGCCGCAUUUGCUGCAUAA